CCUCGUGCGUAUCUCUACCUGUAUGCGCGCGAGGGUCACAGAUCGUGUGUCCCCCCUUCUUCCUCUUUCUUUUUCACACUGCGCUGAUGGAGCCGCUCGAGCCCGUCAGGAACGGUGCCUCGCGCCCCGUCAGCCUGUACGGGGAGUUCUCGGUGAAGGGGGUCCGGCACGCCGUCAGCCUCUCAGAACGCGAGCUCACCGUCCGCAGGCUCGCGGGGAGCAGCAGCAGCGGCGGGAAACCGGCCGCCACCGUCUUCAGCCUGGCGGACUGUCUCGGCUGCCGGGCGCACCUGGAGGAGCAGCAGGAAGGGCAACACGAGGAAGGGGAGGAUGUUGGUGAGCGCGCGGACUCGAGCGCCUACUUCUCGGCGUAUUUCUACCCGCUCCGGCGGCGGCGGCGCUGGGCGGGCGCGGGUCUCGUGCGACACCGCGUGGAGCAUCGGUUCCGCGUAAGCGCGAGCGGAGACCCGCGCGUCAACCUGGAGGAAGCGCGGCGGUGGGCGCGAGCCAUACGCGAGGGUUCCGCCCGGAACCGGCCACAGAGGACAGGUGGUGUGUGUGCAGAGGUGAGGAGUCCGUGCAAAAUCCUUCUGCUGUUGAACCCUCACAGUGGAAAAGGCCAGGCUCACUCACUCUUCACCGCUCAUGUACAGCACAUGCUUCAGGAGGCCAGUAUACCGUACACUCUCAUCAUUACAGAGCGACAAAACCACGCACGUGAAUUGGUGCGAGAAGCAGACCUGUCUCAGUGGGACGCGCUGGCCAUCAUGUCGGGAGACGGGCUGCUGUUCGAGGUAGUGAACGGCCUCAUGGAGAGGGAAGACUGGGAGGAGGCCAUUAAGACUCCUCUGGGAGUGCUGCCUGGGGGUUCAGGGAACGCAGUAGCUGCCUCCAUACACCACUACUGUGGAUUGCAGCCAAUGUCAGGCGAGGAUCUGCUGGUGAGCUGCGGCUUCAUGCUGUGCAAAGGCCUGGUGUCGUGUCUGGACCUGACCUCCGUCUGCACAGCAUCCAAUCAGCGCCUCUUCUCCUUCCUAUCCCUCGCCUGGGGCUUUGUCGCUGAUGUGGACAUUGAGAGUGAGAAAUAUCGGUAUGUAGGGGCAGCCAGGUUCACUGUGGGUACGCUAGUUCGCCUUGCGUCACUAAGGGUGUACCAGGGAAAGCUUUCUUACCUGCCUGCUGAGGAGUCUGGGUCAUAUUCGAGCCCAGAACAGUCGACAGAAUCCCCUACCGAUGUUUCCCAGCAGAUUAGCUCAUCUUCAGAUUAUUCAGACAGCUCACCGUGUACGAAUCACCCUCUCCACAACUCCUGCAACUCCAACAAUGCGCUCAAGCCCAAGCGGACUAACCUGUCACAGGUGUCCGUGUUGGGCCCCCCAGACUCACUCCUUGUACCCUUUAACCAGCCUGUCCCGGCACACUGGACGGUGGUAAGUGAGCAAGACUUCGUGCUGGUGUUAGCUGUGUACCAGUCCCACCUUUCGGAAGACUUGAUUGCUGCCCCCGCGUCCAGACUGGAGGACGGCGUGAUACACCUGAUUUACGUAAAAGCAGGCAUCUCACGCGCAGCUCUCUUGCGCCUCUUCCUGGCCAUGGAGAAAGGAACUCACUUGAGCACAAACUGUCCAUAUGUGGUGUAUGUUAAAGCGCGGGCGCUACGACUAGAACCCUAUUCUCCCAAAGGAACCAUCACUGUAGAUGGGGAGCUGGUGGAGUACGGCCCAGUGCAAGCACAAAUACACGGCAGUCUGGCUCGACUCAUAGCCGGAUAAAAGGAUAACAUGGAUAACAGCAAAUGAAAGCUAGCAGGAUAAAUGCUGGAUUUCAUGCUUUGCUAGUUUUGGUUUACUGUUAUCCAUGAAGAUUCAAUGUGAAGGAAUGGACAGGUCCUUGGCAGACAUUCCAAAAUUUGUCUUUCUUUCUUUUGCUGGAAACGUAAAUAACUACUUCACCUAAAAAUGCUAACACUGCGGAAAGCUAGCGUGAAGCACUAAAACAACCUUAUUUUGAUAA